UUUUAUUAAAAAGAAUGUUUGCAUUACAUUUGUCGGGGCCACAAACUUCAGUUUAUGAGCCUACAGGGUCAGCCGAUGAUGUUCCCACGAAUGCCAAGAAAAAGUUCGUUGGUCAAACUGCGGAAUCCACUAAUAAUGUUCUCGAAAGUACUAGAACGCCCACCGAGUAUUUAUAAAUACCCAACCUGUCGUCGAAGCUUUUGUAUCAUUGAAGAACUUGGAAAGCGUUUGAAGUUGUGGGAAUCCUAAAGCUGUUCUGCUCUAAUUGAAACCUACAGCAAAUCCAUAAAGAAAAGAGUAAUAUCACUAAUAUGUCGUCGAUUCGAGUCUUUUUUGGGGGCCGAAGAAGCAACAUUUUCCAUCCUUUUACCCUCCAACUCUGGGACCCUUUAGGAGAAUUUGCUCUUCGUUCUUCAGCAACUUCUGCCCAUUUCCCCCAGUGUGGUCGCGAAACCUCGACUUUUACCAACAUCCGAAUCGACUGGAAGGAGACACCAGAAGCCCACUUAGUCAAGGCGGAUCUUCCGGGGCUGAAGAAAGAGGAAGUGAAGGUUGAAGUUGAAGAUGGAAGAGUGCUUCAGAUAAGCGGAGAGAGGAAUUCAGUGAAUGAAGACAAGAAUGACACAUGGCAUAGGCUGGAGCGCAGCAGUGGCAAGUUUUUAAGGAGUCUGAGGCUUCCGGAGAAUGCAAAGAUGAAUCAGAUCAAAGCUGCAAUGGAGAAUGGAGUUCUCACCGUAACGAUACCUAAAGAAGAAGUGAAGAAGCCUGAUGUCAGGGGUGUUGAGAUUUCUGGCUAAUUACAAUCCUCUGCAUCUUCGAUGGAGAAUGGAGUCUUUUUGCUUAUUCUGUUGGUUUGCAGUUUCGUGUUUUUGCUUCUUCUUUUUUUUCGUCGAGUGUGAAAGUAUUUGGUUUUUAUUUGAUACGUGUGGACAAGUUGAUCAUGCAAGUUUACGUUUGUAUACUCGUUUGAAUCUUUCGAUUAUUUUUCAAUGAUUUCUUCUAUAGCUGAA